AUGACUCAAGCGAAGGACGGAGGUGAGAUUAACAGGGAUCGUCGGCAGCAGCGGUCCUGCUAGAAUAAAGGGAAAUAAUCGCAAUGGGCAGCACCGACUCAAAAUUAAACUUCAGGAAAGCAGUGAUUCAGCUGACAACCAAAACACAGCCAGUGGAAGCCACAGACGAUGCUUUCUGGGACCAGUUCUGGGCAGACACCACCACCAUGGUCCAGGAUGUUUUUGCACUGGUGCCAGCUGCAGAGAUAAGAGCUGUUCGAGAGGAGUCCCCCUCCAAUUUAGCAACCCUCUGCUAUAAGGCUGUGGAGAAGCUGGUGCAGGGUGCAGAGUCUGGUUGCCCCACAGAGAGGGAGAAGCAGGUGAUCCUGAACUGCACUCGCAUCCUGAGCCGCAUUCUUCCCUACAUCUUCGAGGACCAGGACUGGAGAGGAUUCUUCUGGUCGACGGUGCCCGGCGCUGGGCGGGCGGGGACAGACGAGCUGGAUGAUGAUGACGGAGCUCGACCACUGGCCGAGUCGCUGCUCCUGGCCAUCGCCGACCUGCUCUUCUGCCCUGACUUCACUGUGCACAGCCACAGGAGAGGCCCAGACUCGGUAGAGAACAUGCAGUCUAUAGACAGCUGUGAAUACAUCUGGGAGGCAGGCGUGGGCUUUGCACAGUCCCCCCCUCUCAACUACAUCCAUGAUCUAAAUAGGACAGAGCUGCUGAGAUUGUUACUAACCUGCUUCUCCGAGGCCAUGUACCUGCCUCCUUCAUCGGACAACAAUGUGCUCAACCCCUGGGUGACGUUCUUCUGCUCCACAGAAAAUAGACAUGCUCUGCCUCUGUUCACCUCCCUGCUGAAUGUGGUGUGUGCCUAUGAUCCAGUGGGCUACGGCAUCCCGUACAACCACCUGCUCUUCUCGGACUACCGGGAGCAGCUGGUGGAGCAGGCUGUACAGAUCCUCAUUGUGACGUUGGAGCAUGAUGGAGGGGUUCCCCACCGGCCCCCCUCUCCAUCCAGCAUGGAGGAGCAAGAGUCUACAGGCCCUGAAAACCUGUUUGUGAAUUAUUUGUCGAGGAUUCACAGAGAGGAGGACUUUGACUUUGUGCUGAAGGGCCUCGCGCGUCUGCUGACCAACCCUUUGACACAGACGUACCUGCCUAACUCGACCAAGAAGAUCCAGUUCCACCAGGAACUGUUGGUGCUUUUCUGGAAGCUUUGUGACUUCAACAAGAAGUUCCUGUUUUUUGUCCUGAAGAGUAGUGACGUGCUGGAUAUUCUGGUUCCUAUACUCUUCUAUCUGAAUGAUGCACGGGCUGAUCAGUCCCGUGUUGGACUCAUGCACAUCGGUGUGUUCAUUUUGCUACUGCUGAGUGGUGAGAGGAACUUUGGCGUGCGCUUGAAUAAGCCCUACACCGUCCAUGUGCCUAUGGACAUCCCGGUGUUUACAGGGACUCAUGCUGACCUGCUCAUAGUGGUGUUUCACAAGAUUAUCACCACAGGCCACCAGCGUCUCCAGCCUCUGUUCGACUGCCUACUCACUAUUGUUGUAAAUGUGUCUCCCUAUCUGAAGAGCCUGUCCAUGGUGGCAGCCAAUAAACUGCUCCACCUGCUGGAGGCCUUCUCCACCAGCUGGUUCCUGUUCUCUGCAGCCCAGAACCAUCACCUUGUGUUCUUCCUUCUCGAGGCUUUCAACAAUAUUAUCCAGUAUCAGUUUGACGGAAACUGCAACUUGGUGUACGCCAUCAUCCGCAAACGCAACGUUUUCCACCAGUUGGCCAACCUGCCCUCCGAUCCCGCUUCCAUCCAGAAGGCUUUGCAGAGGAAGAGGAAGUCUCCAGACGUCAUUUCCCGCACAAGCUCGCAGGAGACUGUAUCCAUGGAGGGCUCUCAUCCUGCUGUGCCGGCAGAGCCUGGUACACUGAAGGCCAGUCUGGUCGCUAUUCCAGGUAUCGAUAAACUGACUGAGAAGUCCCAGGUGUCAGAGGAUGGCACCAUGGUGUCGGUUCCAAAGACAGACCCUUCACACACAGUCCACUCAGACCAAAGCGCAGUCGCCGGGACCAGCGACACAGAGUCAAACUCAGGCCGAGACAAUGAAGAUGUUUUUUACACUGAAGCAGAGAUGGAAAGAAGACGUUUGUCAAGUGCGUCUUCAACAUCGUUUUGGGCUCCUACACCAGACUGGGUCCUCUCCUGGAAGUGUAAACUACCCCUUCAGACUAUCAUGCGACUUCUACAAGUGCUAGUCCCUCAGGUGGAGAAGAUCUGCAUCGACAAGGGUUUGACAGAUGAAUCAGAGAUCUUGAAGUUUCUCCAGCACGGCACAUUAGUGGGCCUGCUGCCAGUUCCUCACCCCAUCCUCAUCCGAAAGUAUCAGGCCAACGCAGGCACGGCCAUGUGGUUUCGCACCUACAUGUGGGGUGUCGUGUAUUUGCGCAACGUGGACCCUCCUAUCUGGUAUGACACUGAUGUUCGCCUUUUUGAGAUUCAGAGGAUGUAGGCAGGAAAAUGGAACCGUUCAGUUCCGGUGUUCCUCCUCCCUUCAGUAUCUGCUGGUUUCCCGGUAAACCUCACUGUGUUUAACUUGCCUCUGUAACCAUCACAAUGCGUACACCACCGACUUGGGCAGGAGAGUCAUUCAGACAGGUGAGGUAGAGAUACCUCUCGGAUUAAGAUGGGAGAUGAUAGAAUUAUCAACAUCAAGACCAGAGAAUGUGUGAAAUGUUUCCUGAAGGCCGAGGCUCCUUCCUUGACGGCAUCGAAGUGAAGCGAGGAAAUACUGUUAGACUUGGCAGCCAGACUUGUUAUAGAAGAUGUGAUGCUAUCCAACAGAGGCUUGUAACAUUAUCCUGGACGGCACAAUAUUGGUGUUUCACAUUAUUUGUCGUACUUGCCAAUGCUUUCACAUGCACUCUUUAUGAGUUGUCUGUUAUUAUGGUUGUAGUUUACGUGACAGUGUAACUUUACAGGAUUUUGGAGACAAUACUACAGAUUGUAUGUUUUUGUGUUUAUGACCAGGUUAAAGUUUGGAUCUGGCUGGCUAUGCUUACAAUGCUUGAUGUUUGAAAAUUGUAUUUUACGUAAAUUAUCCUGAAAAUAUAUAUUGAUAUGCAUCUGUGAAUUCUGUAUUGGUUGCAUUACUGAACUCUAAAACUCUUUCAAGCAACAUA